UCAAAGAUUUUGACCCCACUCAAGUGUAAAUGCUGUUCUGUAAAAACAGGAACUUUAUGGUGCAUUAAGUUAACCUCGUAAACUCACGUGAAUGGCUAGGAGGUUUGUUUAAUAGAGAAAGUUUUUGUCUUUUCUUUUUUUAGAUAUUUACUUUAAAUGUUCUUUUUCUGCAGUUUUGUUAAUGUAUAGAUGUAAUAACAAAUUCUAACCAGUCUCAGUCUUUAACAUACCAAGCAACUUCGGCAUAAUUGUAUAUAAGUAAGGAGAAAACAGUGAUAAAUAGCUAUAACCCAUUUAAAAUGAAGGCAAACAACUUAAAAUAUAAAGAUAUUAUCAUUUGCAGUACCUUACAAAUUAUUAAGUAACUCUGGCAGGAAAGAAACACAUUUAUCUAACUCCGAUAUGUUUAAUUAUUUUGAGCUUUUUUCGUCAGGGUUUGAGGUUUAUUAACAGGGCCUGAGUUUAUGGGUGUAUGCUGUCCAGGAGGGCCAGCCCCUUUCCUAGCAGUGGUGGGUGUGUCUAUCUCUAUGUCAGGAGAACCAAGUCAGCAGUCUGUAGCUAAGUGCUGUUAGAGCCUGAGGAUACACAAGCUGGCAGUUAGAAAAGAAUUACAUACUGCUUCAAACAAAUCAUCACCUGUGCAAAAAGCACAGUAAAACAGGCCGCAGGUUGCUUGUAUUUGCACAGGCAUAUAAAGACCUGAUGUCAGACCCUCCUAAUUGCUGCAUCUGUCUGGAUGAGUUUACAAGCCCUGUGUCCCUCCCCUGUGGACACGUCUUCUGCUUGGGAUGCAUUGGAGAAUACUGGAAAAUCAACGAGGCCUGCCAGUGCCCCCUUUGCAAGACUUUGUUUCCUACCAGGCCAAAGCUCAAAACAGACCAGACACUACAUACUGUGAAAGCACCUCAACCUUUAAAAGCUGGAGAGGUUCCCUGUGACUCCUGCUCAGCAAAACGUCCUGCAGUCAAAUCCUGCCUGAUGUGCAUGGCUUCCUACUGCACCACUCAUCUGGAAGCACAUUACCAGAAUGAAGAGCUUGGGCGCCAUCUACUGGUCAGUGUGGUAAAAAACCUUGAGGAUUCUGUGUGCAAGCUGCAUGGGAAGAAGUUGGAGAAGUUCUGCAGGAGUGACCGGGCGUACAUUUGUGCUAUGUGUGCACAGACAGAGCAUUGGAGCCACAACAUCAUUUCUAUUAGCCGGGAAGCCUUUAAGAAGAAGGUUAAUAUAAAACGGAGGAGGAUGAAACUUCAGCAAGAGGUUCAAGAUAGACUGGGUGAUGCAGAGAAAAUCAAGCUCACUGUAGAUCUCAGUGGACAAAGUCCAAAAGAGGAAUGGCAAAAAAAUAAAGAACUCGAACAGCUGGAAGAAGAAAUUGUUGAGCUCCAGAGGAGAAACGCUGAGCUAGAACAGCUCUUGAAGAUUGAAGACGAUCUCUUAUUCUUACAGAGAUCUCUCCAUGCUGCUUUGUGAUUCAAGGAACAUGCUGUUCAUCAAAUCUUUAUUUAUGUGUUUGUCAGGGGCGGAUCUAGAGAAAUUUUCUUAGGGUGGCAAAGAAAUCAAAUGGGGUGGCAAAAUCAAAGCCAUUUUUCCCCCCCAAACACAUA